AGAUUGCAGCUAGCCGGGGCGGACGCGCGCACGCCGCUCGGAAAACCACGUCAAAUUUUCAAAAGGUGCAUCAGACGAGAUGGGGUCGCUGGUGAGAGGAGUGAUCGACUACUACAACUACGUGAACGAUGACUUAGCAGACCCAAGAACGAAAAAGUUCCUAUUCUGCACAUCACCGCUGCCAAUUCUAGUGAUAAUUUUCCUGUACCACCGGUUUGUGAAGUCAUGGGGCCCCGCGUUCAUGGAGAACCGACCAGCGUUCAACCUGAAGAAAAUCAUCAUAGUAUACAACAUCAUACAAGUGUUCCUAGCUCUAUUAUUAACUUAUCAGUGUUUAUCGAAGCUUUACCUCCCCGGCCACUACAGUAUUUGGUGUCAGAAGAUGAACUACGAGGACAACGACACGGAGCGGCUCGUCAUCAACUACGUGUGGCUCUACUACAUCGUCAAAAUCAUCGACUUAAUAGACACGAUAUUCUUCGUGCUGCGGAAGAAGUUCACGCACGUGUCGUUCCUGCACGUGUACCACCACAUCGGCAUGUGCAUACUCGGGUACAUCGGCACCAAAUACGUACCAGGGGGCCACGGCACGAUGCUGGGCUGCAUCAACUCGAUAGUGCACGCGGUGAUGUACAGCUACUACCUGGUGUCCAUCGUGCGGCCCGACUGGGUGCGGGUCUGGUGGAAGAAGUACAUCACGCAGCUGCAGAUUCUGCAGUUCGUGCUGCUGAUCCUGCACUUCGGGCACGUGAUCUUCGAGCCGUCGUGCGAGUACCCCAAGUGGGUGUCGCUGGUCUUCCUGCCCCACAACAUCUUCAUCCUCUUCCUCUUCUCCGACUUCUACGUCAAGGAGUACAUCCUCAAGAAGAAGAAGAAGUGACAUGUAGCUU